AUGAGAAAGAAGUAUAAAGGCAAGAUAACAGAAUUGGAAGGCUAUGACCCGUGGACACUUCUGGACUUUAUUUUCAUGAGUGGAUCUCAUUGGGGUCUGGCUGUGUUUUUCUCAUUGUGCUUUGGUGAUAGUUAUUCAAAAAUUGCAUUUGUAGGAUGGCUUUUAGGUGGCUUUUGGUCUUGCGCAGCUGGUUUAGCAAUUCAUGAAGCUGCUCAUUAACUUGUUUUGCCUGGUAGAUGGGGUAGUUUCCUCGCUGGCUUCAUCGGAGAGUUACCAUGCUUUCUUCCUGCCUAUAGAGCAUUCCUUCACUAUCAUAUGCCACAUCAUAGUUAUAUAUCAGUUGAUUUAGGCAAGAAGAAUCAGGAAGAAAUGGAUAGAAGCUAAAAGAAGUAGCCAAUGUAUGACCCAGAUUUACCAACUCAAUUUGAAGCUUAUAUGUUCUCAAAGAAUAUGCUUACUAGAAUAAGUUUCUUGAUUCUUUAAGUUUUGCUUUAUGCAUUCAGACCAUAGAUUUGCUGUCCAAGAUCCUUAACACCAGAAGACUUUAUUGGUAUAGUAGGCUAAAUUUUAUAUAUUGGCUCAGGCUGCUAUGUUACUGAGAGUUAUGGUCCAUUAGUAUAUUUAAUGUGUGCCUCGCUUCUUGGCUAAGGACUCCAUAUAGCUUCUAUUCAUUUCGUUGCUGAGCAUUACUCAAUAACUGAAGAUACUUCCUUUGUAAAUGAUCCUAAUCAGACUUAAGAUACUUUCUCGUACUAUGGCCCCCUUAAUUAUAUUCUUUUCAAAGGAGGUUAUCACAUUGAGCAUCAUGAUUUCCCAAAGAUUCCAUAUAGGAAAUUGCCAAAACUUAAGGCAUUAGCGCCUGAGUUUUAUGAUAGUCUUCCACACCACACAAGCUAUUUCAAGGUACUUUUUAGAUUUAUCUUCAACCAUCCGGGACUUUGGUAGAGAGUCAAAAGAGAAUACAAAUCUGAUUGA